CUGUCUGUCAUAGAACCUACGAAGCCGAUCAAAAGGAGGUCUACCUGCUCCUGCGAUACCGAUGACACCAGGUUAACCGGUUCCCGUACUUCACCAAGUCGAAUACACCAGUGGAAGCAGUGUGAACCGAACACGCACACGCACGACGAUCGAAAUAAUACUUGCGGAUCACGUGAUCGUCGUUCUCCGUGACGGACACAGAAGCGUAAGCGUGUACUCUGGUGUACUCUCGACGGAGUUUGCGAGUCCAAGUCCGUGCGCUAGGAUUCUGACGUGCGAUACCCGGGAGAUUGUGUAGUUUUUUUAAAUUAUAAGUGAGAUCGGACCGAUGAUGGUUCCUGCAGUGUUUAUCUACGGAAACUCCUAGCAGUGGUGUGUAUUCAUAAAGGGUGAAAACUGGCUAGUGCCGGAGAACUUAUAGAGUAAGAUGUGGGUCGUAGCUGGUAACUUUGCUCAGAGACAAGAUGGGGCCUGGUGAGGCCCGGAAGAUCCUUGGGGCCCGAUCGAAGGAGGCAUGGAUGUCAUCGGGGAUGGAGAUGAGCAAACCCUCCAGGCUAUUCUUGGACGGGGCGAUUUCGUCGGAGGGAUAGAUAACGAGGCGCUGGAUUUUUCACAGCUGGAGGACUUUAUCAACAGUGACAGUGAACAACCCGCCACGUAUUUUGCGGAUACACUAGCCCACAAUGAAGGCGGUGCUGCGACAAAUCAAGGAGGCAGAGUGGAGGCGACGGCGAGUCAACAACCACCUCCCAGGUUGCCAUCACCGAUCACUCAAAAUCAUCCAGUUUCUGCCACGUGCGCUUCUGCUACUACCACUGUACCUUCUGCAAAUACAUACAAAGAUCCACAAACAUACGUUCUUCCACAUGCUCUACCAGAAAGUCCGCCGGACAGCGGUAGCGAGCCUCCCUACUCACCACCUGGACAUCAUGAAUCUCAACAUGUACAUUCACCACAUCAAAAAGCAGCUUUACAAGAGAUACUCUUGCAUCACCAAGGAAAUACAACCAGCUAUGCUCCGGGUCCGUUACCGCCAUCACCAAGAGCAUUGGCUCCUGCUGCUGAUCCUCUUUUGUUAACGCAUCCUGUAUUAACGCCACUUUUAACGCCAGGCACACCUACCUUGCCAACCCAACAACAAUUAGGGACUUCUCUUGUUCCUCUACCACACGAACAUAGUCCUGGUGGAAUAACUACUCUGUAUUCGUCACUUCAGUCUGCACCUAAAAAGAGAAAACUUAGUCAAGAUGGUCUUAUCCACGUUAAACAAGAACCUGAAUUAGGAACUGUUGAGCAUAGCUGCAGUAGCAGCAGUGCUGUGCUGGAUGGCGAUGAAGUUGCGGGUGACAGUGCAUACAUAGACGCAAGUUAUCAGUGCAUACGGUUCCAUCCGUUUCAGCAAACGUCCUGGCAUGCACUUUGCGAUCAUAAUCUCAAGGAAUUGCCUGUACCCCAUUAUAGGGUCGAUGCAGAUAAAGGAUUCAAUUUUAGUAACUCGGACGAUGCAUUUGUUUGUCAAAAGAAGAAUCAUUUCCAGAUUACUUGCCAUGCACAACUACAGGGUGAAGCCGUAUUCGUUAGGACGGGUGAAGGUCUGAAGAAGAUCAGUAGUUUUCAACUUCACUUUUAUGGAGUUAAAGUUGAAUCACCAACUCAGACAAUUAGAGUUGAGCAGAGUCAAAGUGAUAGGAGCAAAAAACCUUUUCAUCCUGUGGUGGCUGGUUUUAGGGUCGAAUUGGGCGGCGAACGUGUCACGAAGGUGACAGUCGGUCGUCUUCACUUUAGUGAGACGACGAGCAACAAUAUGCGAAAAAAAGGCAAACCAAAUCCAGACCAAAGGUAUUUUCACUUGGUAGUUGGAUUACAUGCUCACACAGCAGAUCAGGCCAGUUACCAAGUGGUUGCGCACGCAUCGGAACGAAUAAUCGUGAGGGCUUUUGUGCAGGCAAGCAAUCCCGGUCAAUUUGAAUCGGAAGGAAGUGCCGUUGGCGCCGAAGGUGGCUGGCAAAGAGGAGCAGCUCCUGAUAGUGUCUAUCAUGCAGGACGAGUCGGUAUUAAUACCGAUAGACCCGAUGAAGCACUUGUCGUUCAUGGAAAUAUGAAAGUAACGGGACAUAUUGUUCAACCAAGCGACGCCAGAGCAAAGCAGAAUGUUCAAGAAGUUGAUACACGUGAACAGUUAAGAAAUGUUCAACAGUUACGGGUUGUUCGAUAUCGCUAUGCACCAGAAUUUGCAUUGCACUCUGGUCUCGGUAUCAAACCUCAGGAAGAUACUGGGGUGAUAGCACAAGAAGUACAACAGAUUUUACCUGAAGCGGUUCUACCAGCUGGUGAUAUUGUACUUCCUAACGGACAGAGAAUAGAUAAUUUUUUGGUAGUGAACAAGGAGAGAAUAUUUAUGGAAAACGUUGGAGCUGUGAAGGAACUGUGCAAAGUAACGGACAGUUUAGAAACUAGGAUAGAUCAACUAGAGAGAAUUAACAAGCGUCUGGCAAAAUUGAAAAGAGGCGACAGUUUAAAAAGUUCCGUUAGUACAGUCUCCAGCAUUUCGAGCAGCAAAUAUGCAUCAUCAAUCAGCGCAAAAACUCCUGUACCAAGACGAAGCAAGCGACCCGACAGAGAUGAGGAAUUGCUCUGCAGCAAUAAAUUUAUUCAAAUUAUCAUCGUUAUCCUUAUUCUUAUUAUGGCCUUUUGCCUUGUGGCAAUGGCAACCUUAUAUUUUCUGGAAUAUCAGAAAAGAAGUAGCCUUGAAUGGACUCCUUUAGCAGGCGGUAGAAAACUUGCAUCAGGUCCAAGUCACAUACCGAAUUUACCAACUACACCAGGCUAUGAUCCUCGAUUCAAUCCAUUACUUCACAGUACCUUGCCACCAUCUUAUACUGUGCAUGGGACAUAUACUAAAGGCAUGGAUGGCUAUACAUCCGUUAGAGGCGGCAUGAUUUCUACGCAAACACCAAAUACUAAGCAACAGUUGUACUCGCAAGAAAUAACUUGGUAUCCGGUGGGUCCAUCUGGUCCUCAAAAUAGAUUUGAAAAGAAUAGUGAACUUCCUAGCAACUGGCUUAGUAGAAAUAAUCCAGGCGCUAUGCCUAGCAAUGUAGAUGAGAAUGAUCAAGGAACAGAUGUGGAUGCUCCACCACCGAGUAAAGGUCUGGUUCCCAUAGGAAGACCAUUCGAUUGCUCUACUCAUUUUACAGAGUUGGAAAGUCCAUGCCAGAUAUAUUGUUGUACGGCUGAGAUACAUCAACUGGAAGAACCACGCCCGGAUCAUCCACCAGAAAAGAAGUCCUUGUUAGAUCAUUUGGAGCAACCAUUGAGUAUACACGAAGAAAAGCGAAAAUCUAGCAAGGGGUUCCAAAAUGGAAUCAGUCCAUCUGAUCCUAACACAGAAACACUUGUGAAGGAGCAAAGCAAUUAUAAGUACCUUCAUAAAAGAACGAGGCGGGAAGCCGGCGGUGGUGGAGAUUGGGGUGAAGUUGCCAGCAAUGCAGCAGGAUCAUUGCCUCCAGAGCGUAGGCCUCAAUUAUUUAUAACAGCGAAGAGCUUCAAUGUUUCUCUGGAUCAAAGAUACUGUUCAUCCUUGAGUACUCCUAAUAAUGUCAGCUGCAUUAUACCACUGUCCAAAUACAUGCCUGAUACCCACCUCACGUUACACUUUCUUGGGAUGCCCUGGUACUGGCAAAUUGUACAACAGUGUCCAUUACCGCCAAACGUGGCGGUUGACGAAGCAAUGGCAUGCGGUUGGGGUUAUCCAACACAGCAACAAAGAGAAAACACGCGAAGGAGUAGUGAACCUGGCGAUCAAUCUUUUUCUUUGGACGUAGCGCAUUAUCUAAGGAAAACAUUGAGGUUCCGCGUGCCUACUGUUCAACCGCAAGAAAAUAUCUGCCAGAAUCGUAAUGGUGGAGAUUAUUUAGAAUUUACACUGCAUUUCUAUAGAGAUUGCGAGGAGUAAUGAUAUUCUUAGCAUCACGUGUAUCGCACAUCAUGAGAAACUGACAUAUCACUUACAGGUUCUUAAGUUUAUAUAGACUAGAGUGGACUUUUUAGUCUACCCGAUAUCGGAACCACUAUGCCUUGAUAGCGUGUUCGAAGUUCUUUUUUAACGGCAAACAUAAGAUCUAAUAUAUAUAAUUGAAUCUCAAUUCUAAAAAAAAUCUGACAUUGUAUUUUGUAUAUCGUUAUACUAGAUUGUCCAGAAUAUAUAAUUGUAUUUCAAGAUUCAUUAGAUGUAUGAAAGGUAAGACAUAUAGCAGACAUACAAACGAAUACUUUGUGUCAAGUGCUCUAUUCAUUUACACCUAUGUAUGAAAUUAUCAUUGAAAUUCCGAGAGUCAGUGCGCAGACUUAUCCUUAAAUUUUUACAAAAAUGUUAUCUGUCAGCCUAUGUUAACAUUAAGAAUCUGUUUUUGCACAAACUCACCGAACGAUUCUUGGUUUUGACGUUAGCAUAUACAUAGUACCCAUUGCGUAAUAGAGCCGGCAGCUACAAAACGUUGUGCAAUUAUUAUUUUAAUGGAUUUUUAGUCGGAUUAUAUUGAACUAAUUACGUAUUUCCUUUCUGUGCGUAUUAUACGUAAUAAUUUUGAAUUCAAAAGGUUUAUGCUUUUUGCAAACGUUGCUUUCUUUUAAAGUAUCAAUUAAAGUAUGAAUUACUUUUAUGACUCGUGAUGUAUCUAAAUUUUUAUAAAAAUAAUCUUUAAUGUUUUAUUUUAAAAUCAAGAUAUCAUGUAAUGAUAAAGAACAUAAAAAUUAACAAAUGUUAUAUCAAAAAUAUAUGUUAAAUGUUACAAGCAGGCAACAAAUGUCUCAAAACAGAAUUUCGAAGAUUUACAUUGCUCUAUUUUUCUUCUCUCUUAUUCACUAUACUUGUUUCACCUUUUAAUCAUUAUACGCAUGGGAAUUUUAUAUAAAAUUAUCCCCUUCAGCAUUACAAGCCAAGCAUCUAUCGACGAUAUAAAAUUCUAGUUUUUUUUUUAAAGUCUCAUCAAUAAUUUAAUGCUGAUUUUGAAACUUAAUUUUUUCUCCGAGAGAAUUGCAAUUUGAAAUGGUUUUAUUAGCUUUUACGUGCAUACCAUAAUUUUUAGAUUCUAUUUUUCUUAACAUACUAAUCUAUUUUAUUUAUCAAUGGCCUUGGGUAUUAUAGAAAACGAAGUUCCUAUGGAUAAUUCUUUGGUUGACUGAUAUAUACUCUCGGUUUAAAAAAUACAGUUUUGAAAAUCUUGAAUUUUCUCUGAAUGGAUUUGUAAACUUCAUCAAUGCAUCAUCUUAUAAUUCUACAGUCAUUUCUCAUAUAAAUGAAUUAGAAAUUUCAUCUAUAAGCACAAAAAAUGAGGUAUACAGCAUAUUGAUAGUAAUUAGAAUCUUUUGUUGCAUUAAGAAGUGCAAAUCUAAGGAAGGCAUAUUGACAGCGGUAAAAUUACUACCGCGUAGUGCAGUGUGUAAAUUUGUUUACUGUGUAUAUUGAAUUUUGGAUGCAUUUGUCCAACUAGUGAAAUUCAUACACAGAACACACGCAUGAUGUACUAUGCGAUGUACCAUACAGAACAUUGAUAAUCGAUAAGUAAAAUAUAAAUUAUAUUAUGUUGAUGUAACAAUAUAAAGAUCACAUAUUCAAAUUAUUUACUUAGCAUAGACAAUGAAUGGUCGUUAUAAGGCAGCGCAAAACUGUUAGCUAGUAAACAACUAUUCUGUAAAUUUUCUAAUAUUCACAGACAUCUUUUUACUGCGUAUAAAAUCUUGUUUAAUUUCGUAAUUCUCACAAUGGUUUGGAGCAUACGCAACAAAUAAUGAUAAGACAUUUGUACAUUUUUCAUUGCUACAGUAUGUGUAUGAUUUAACUUGAAUAUUGUUUGAUAUUUCAUUUUUAUUUUAUGAGUCGCAUUUCUCUCUUCAUUAUCUUUAAGUAAUACGUUGGACUAAAUAUAUAGUAAAAAAAGUGGAUUUACUAUUGAAGUAGAUCGCAUCUUUUAAAGAAUAAUCAGCAAUAUUGUGAAUUACAGUACUAUUGAAUAUAAAUAGUUAAUACGAAGUGUUAACACAUUGAUAUUUUGACUUUUUUUCAAAUGCAAAUCAAUUAUUUCAAUAAGAGUAAAAAGGCCACAACAAUUGUGAUAAAAAUGUUUUUAGAAAUUUAAAACUGUCGAUUACUUGGAUGAAUAAUUUAAUUAAAAUCUUUGUUAUGGUUUCGCCUUCUGCAGCUGAUAUAUAGUGUUAUUUACAACCAUCUUUAAACGCAGUAAUUAUAAAAGGACCAUAUUUUCAUAAAGGCGAGUGGCUUGCAUUGUUUGUCUAAGUACUUUUCACUAUCUAUUGCUUUUGCCGCACUGUAUGUGAAUAUGUAACUUUAAUGUAUGACAUUGGCAGCAAAGACCUGUGAUGAUAUGCAGGCAAUUAAGUAGUUGAAAUGAUAAUUCAUAGCUACUAAAUAAUAUAGACAAUAGUGAUUUGUACAUACACUUCAGUAAUAUAUAUAUAUUAUACAAAUUGUAUGACUAAAAAUUGAAAUAGAUAUAAGUGAAUAUAAUGCAAUUAGAAUACUUGCAGUCUGACAUAUUAAUGAAAAUAAUAUGAUUUGACUAUCAUUUAUGUUACUAUUGCUGUCUCUGGAAUUCAGCGUGACACGGAGUAAUACAUAUUUGCACGUACUAACUUUGUAUCAGGAUCUAGAUGUAGUAAUCAGAUAGAUAUGGCAAUUAUUGAUCCGUUCAAUUAUCCGGUGCAAUCAUUCAAAUUAAUUGAGUGAAGAGCAGAUAUAAAUUGUUUUCAAUAAUUGAUUAAGACGUUAUUGCAACCAUUGUCCUGUUAUCUAUACGAUCAAAUGAUAUAGUGAUUAACGGUCCAUUGAUGGCCGGGCCAUUGUUCGUAUAUUUUAAAAAAGAUGCGUGUAAAACUUGUCUUUAUCGUGUAAUGGUGAUACAUUUUUAUGCAAUACCAAUGUUGAACAAUUGUUCUUUUGCCCAGUAUAAAUAUUCCAAAUCCCAAAAAAACAUUAAACGAUUUCAAGUUUUGCAACAAAUUUACGCAUCUUUUCAAUUUAUCACUAUUGCAUUGAAGCAUUCCAUGUAUUUUAAUAUUAUAUUUGACGCAGUAAUGACCUAUAGUCUCAUUUUAUUUUUUUUUUACGAAAGUGACUACUGUUUGAAUAGUUGCAAUGUAAUAAGGAUCUGUUGAUCGUGUUGCGGUAACAUUUUCCCACUAGAGCACUAAUACAUUACUAGUCUUCAAGACCUCCUUUCGCAACAGAUCUUAAGAUAAUGAAAAUGUUAAUCAUCACUAAUUACUAAAAUAAGAUUAAGUGCCUUGUGCACUGAAUUUUACAGUGUAAUUGUAUAUUUGAUCAUGAAUCUAUGUAAAUGUAAUAUCUACAUAUUUAUUAAUUGUAUUAUUACAAAAUUAUUAUACUAUAAUAAUUAUAUUAUUGUACUUGUAGCAGAAUAAAACAACUGCUCUACGA